AUGCUGAAAAGUAUUCUUCUGGGCCUGGCCGCGAUGGCGUAUGCCCAAGAGACGACCCUAUGUUCUCAGUACGCUACCUACACUAGUGGCAGCUACACUGUUAACAACAAUCUGUGGGGCGAGGAUAGUGGUUCCGGUUCUCAGUGCACCUAUGUGAAAUCGAUCUCUGAUUCUGACGUAUCAUGGUCUACUACCUGGAACUGGUCCGGUGGCAGCUCUGAAGUCAAGAGUUAUGCCAAUUCGCAGUUGAGCGGCUUCACUAAGAAGUAUCUGAGUCAGCUGAGCAGUAUUGCUACCUCUGUGAAUUGGAGCUAUGACAAUACCGAUAUCAAUGCCGAUGUUUCUUAUGAUCUCUUCACCGCGGCAGAUAUCAACCAUGUUACCUACAGUGGCGACUAUGAACUUAUGGUCUGGCUGGGCAAGUACGGCAGCAUCCAACCACUCGGCUCACAAAUUGCAACCGCCAAUGUGGCGGGCAUAACUUGGCAGCUGUGGUAUGGUACAAAUGGGUCGCAGAAGACAUAUAGCUUCGUUGCCUCCAGCGCACAGACUACAUGGAGCGGUGAUCUCAUGGAUUUCUUUAACUACCUUGCUGAAAAUGAGAAUUUCCCGGCUAGUAGCCAGUACUUGAUCAAUCUUCAAUUCGGUACCGAGCCGUUUACUGGAGGCAACUCAACGUUGACAGUAGAGAGUUGGUCUGCAUCGGUUUCUUAG